AUGAAGUCGACUGAUGAAGAGAUAAAGAUGAAUCCUGAUAGUCAGGAAACAGCUCUCCUUCCUAAAAAGAAAGGAGUUAGCAACAUGGUAAAGUUCUAUUUCUUGGCCGUUAUUGCAUGCUUCUUGUUUGGAUCGAAACUUUUCCUCCUAGAAAUGGCUCAUUUUACUAAAAUAUGGAUAUUUUUCAUUGAACACAUAGCUGUGUUGAUCAGUGCUAUUAUCUUGUUCUUCAUGUACUACCUGCUCUUUAAAAGACACAUGUUUUCAUUAUCACAUUAUCUCACAAAAGAGUGCAGCUUUGUAAAGAGUCGUAAAACUAUUUUAUAUGCUUUUAUUUCAGGAGGUUGCAAUGCUUUAGGGAAUGUAAGUAUUAUUUUUGCAAUCAAGUUUGCCCGAGACUCAGGUUCUAGCUCCUCUGCCAUAAACUCAAUCCUAAUGCUUAACAUCCUGAUUGCUCUUGUUGCCGGGCUCUGUAUAUUCGGCGAGAGGCAUUCUCCCAUGCAAUAUUUUGGGGGAUUAAUGAUCAUUGGAGCCAUUUUGUUGAUUACAUUUGAGAGGUCUAUAAGUAAGCCUGGGACAUAUAACGAAUAUCAAAACAAUCUGCAUUACAUCUCUAUCUUUUUCACACUGGUGACUUGAUUCUUUUGGAGUAUGAUGAUUAUCUCAACCAAAUAUGCUUGAUUUCAUUAUGAUGUGAACAUAAUCGAAUAUUCUUCCUGAGCCAUGGGUUUGUCAGGAUUCGUAGGCUGACUAUUUGGAAUUCCAAUCCUUUACUAUCAUACACCAAUGAACUUCAUGCCUGAAGAUAAGAUGGUAGUGUACAUAUUAUUUGCAGUCUUCUCCGGCCUCUUUACUACCAUCGGACAAUUCACUUACUUCGCAGCCGUCAAUAUCGGAAGUGUGGAAGUAGGACAACUGUUCGUCAACAUGAAACCAAUCGCUCAGCUGGUAGAGGAAGCAAUUUUCCUAUUCCUAUUUCCCAACCUCCUCCAACUUGUAGGAAUCUUCAUUGCAAUUCUGGGUGCAGGUUUAGUAAUUCUAGGCAAAAAAGAAGGCCAGCACCAACAUGCAGACGACAAUGCUAAAAGUGAUGCCAUAAAAUAACUUG